GUGGCGGAGCUGUCAGUCUUCAUCUCUCGGACGAUCUUCUUCCCAGACCACUGGGAAAACGAUGCCCAUGUUGGCAGAAGGGGGCUUGGCUUAUUGCAUUGGCAUCACUUUGCUUUGUCUAAGAGAGUUUGCAGCUGAGGCUUCGGGAUGGACAGCAGUGAGAAAUACAGUCAGUCCCCAGAUGCCCCAUGAAAUUAUAAUCCCUCAGUGGAGAGUGGAUGCAAACUCGGCCAACAACAAGCAUCCAUCAAGAGCAGAACUCAGGAUAACAGCUGAAGGAAGAAACUUUAUUGUCGAUGUUGAAAAAAACGAGUAAGUACUUG